UGCAUGCAGCCAACGUCUUCUCUGACCCCUCCCACUUUGGCUCAACUCUCCUCGCUCGCUUGGAGCUCUUCAAUUUCUAAAACCAUUCAAUUUUGCUCGUCCACUAGACUUGCAAAUUGAACAGAGAGAGUGACGUGUCCAAAGAAAGAGCCUCAGCGAGAGAAAUCUGCGUGAACUUGUGGUGGCCAUGCAACCUCCUAGCUAGAAUACAAACUGGCUGAGUAAGGGAAUGACCUAUCUAAAUUCACAAUUUCCUCUCCUUCUCUCUGCCCUCUCGCACGCAGGAGAUUGUUGUUCAUGCGCCUCGAAUUGAGUUCGUUUUAGGAAAAACUAGUGAGGUUAGGUUAAUUUGAUUUUCUGCUAGCUGGGAAAAGGCGCAAACACCCGGCGUGCGUACCUGUUUGAGGGUGGAUAUGCUCGCGGUGGAACAGCUGCGAGGGUCCAAUGGCGAGGAAGGGGCUCUGGGGAGCUUCUCCAUCGGCGGGGACGAGACGUUCGGGGACGAGGCGUUCCUUGACGACGUCAGCUUCGGGGACCUCUUCAUGGGGAUCGACGUCGACGGCGACGUGCUGCCGGACCUCGAGCUGGAUCCGGCUGAUAUUUUCGCGGAGUUCUCGGUGGGGAGCGCGGAGGCUGAGGAUUCGGCGACGAGCGCGACGGCCUGGCCAGUCGACUCGGCGGCGGAAGGCCUAGCGGUGGAGGUGGAGACGGAGGCCGGGGAGGGGGCGGUGAGCGCUGUAGGAAAGGAGGAAGCGGCCGCCGCGCUGGCACUGACAGAAGAGAGCAACAAGAGCCGUAAGCCAUCGCCGGCGGCGAAGAGUUCGCAGUCGCAGGGGAAGCGCAAAGCGAAGGUGGACUGGACGCCGGAGCUUCACCGGAGGUUCGUUCAGGCUGUGGAGCAGCUGGGGAUCGACAAGGCCGUGCCCUCGAGAAUUUUAGAACUCAUGGGGAUCGACUGCCUCACUCGCCACAACAUCGCGAGCCACCUUCAAAAGUACCGAUCGCACCGAAAGCAUUUGCUGGCCCGAGAGGCGGAGGCAGCGAGCUGGAGCCAGCGGCGGCAGAUCUACUCAGGCGGCGGCGCCGGCUCCACGGUUAAGAGGCCAGACAUCAACCCGUGGCUGGCUCCGACGAUCGGAUUCCCUCCUCGGCAUCAUCCCCCGCCCCCGCCGCCGACGCAACUCCAGCCCUUUCGCCCGCUCCAUGUCUGGGGCCACCCCACGGUCGGUGAAGGCGCGCCGAUGCCCGCUCCCCACGUCUGGCUCCGUCACCUCGCCCCGCGGUCUCCGACGCCGACGCAACCCUGGGCGGCUGCUCAGCCGCCUGUGGAUCCCUCCUACUGGCACCACCACUACCCAAGAGGAAUAGUUGCACAAGCCAUGACUCAGGGAACGCCUUGCUUUCCUCAACCAUUGCCGGCGGCGAGAUUCGCUGGGGCCGCGGUGCCAGGAAUAGUUCCUCAUCAUCCUAUCUACAGCGCUAUUCCUCCUCCCCCACCUCUUCCUGUUCUGAGCAAGCUUUCCAACUCAGAACUACAGCUUGAUGCGCACCCUUCGGUCGAAAGCAUAGAUGCGGCUAUUGGAGAUGUGUUAGCAAAGCCAUGGCUGCCGUUGCCGCUUGGGUUGAAGCCCCCUGCAGUGGACAGUGUGCUAGUAGAGCUGCAGAAGCACGGAGUCUCGAAAGUCCCACCUCGUGCCUGAUUCGUCGGAUGUAUCGUCUAUAUGUACAUAUAGUUUACGUGCAUCGCAUGCAUGACGAUCGAUGACGGGCCAGGUGGUGAUUCAUUUUCUUCGUCUCGUCAGUUGGAGCACAGCACGUACGUGAGGGAGAGAACAAUUUCAAAACUCGUCGAUAUGAACUUUUCCUAGCUACUAGCUAGCGCUAUACUCUUUUUCCUCUGAUGGACUACUUAUUAAAUAAUCCUUCUGUCGAGUGAUCGAGUGAUGCUUUUGUAACGUUGAAGAACGACUAUAGCUUAACGAUGUAUAUACGCGUACCAUUCCACCAUUUUGGGAAAUGUUGUGUCGUAUUUUACUUCUA